AUGCCUUUCCAAUUCGACCCCGAGUACGCUACAGCUGUCGAGCCACUUAUCCCUUUCAUAUCGAAACGAGCUAAGCUCGCCAUAGAGGAUAUCAAGCUCAGCCGAGACGCAAGGGAAAAUGGAAUAGCUCAAUUCUAUGGAGUAUUGCCAGACUCGCCUGAUGUGGAGCAGACGGUAUAUUAUUUUGAAGCCGAUGAUGGCCAUCAAAUUUCUAUCCGCAAGUUCAGCAGAAAGGGGACACCCACAGAGCCGGGACCAGUCAUUAUGCAUUACCACGGCGGUGGUAUGAUAUUGGGGUCAGCAGAGCUACAAGCCAAACCAAUGGCGGCUCUUGUGAGCGAAACAGGAAUCUCCAUUUUCAGCGUCAAUUACCGGCUAGCCCCGGAUUAUAAUGGAGCCACUCCUGUAGAGGACUGUUAUUCUGCCCUUGUUUGGCUACACAAGAAUGCGAAUGCACAUGGAGUUGACCCGGCAAGGAUUGCUGUCUUUGGAGAAAGUGCAGGCGGUGGCCUGGCUGCUGGUGUUACGUUGAUGGCUCGAGACAGAAAUCUCAAGCCUCGCAUCGCGAAGCAGAUUCUCGUCUACCCAAUGCUAGACGACCGGACAACCGCUGCAGAUGAGGCAGUGGAGCCAUUGGCAUUCUGGAAAACGGAGGACAACAUCACCGCCUGGACUGCCCUUUUGGGAAACGAUGCGGGUAUAUCCGACGCCUCAGUCUCACCCUAUGUAGCCCCUGCGAGGGCAAAGAGUUUGGCUGGCUUGCCACCUACCUAUAUUGAUGUUGGUGAGCUUGACAUUUUCCGGAAUGAGAGCAUUACAUAUGCGACCAGAUUGUUAGAUGAGAACGUCUCUACCGAGCUUCACGUAUAUCCCGGUUUACCACAUGCAUUCGAAAUGGUCGCACCUUUCAUAUCUGCAACUGCCAGGGCGCAGGGGAACAGAUGCAAGGCAAUGCUUUCAUUUUGA